CAGGCAUGGCACCUACAUUUACUCAGCUGCCGUCAGACAUCACAGUGACAGAUGGAACAACGGCUGUCUUUACCUGCGAGGUGUCAGGAGCUCCAAAACCUGCCAUUGCCUGGAAGAAAAGCAAUCAGAUUCUGGCAAGUGGUUCAGUCCAGAUUCCUCGAUUCACUCUUCUGGAGACGGGAGGGUUGCAGGUUCGGCCAGUUUACCUGCAAGACGCUGGGAAUUACAGCUGUUACGCCAGCAACUCAGAGGGAGCUGUCAACGCUACCAUCUCGCUGACUGUGUGGAACCGUACUUUUAUAUCCCAUCCACCUGAGGGCCGACGUGUAAUCAAGGGAACGAUGGCUGUGCUGGAGUGUGGAGCCACUUACGACCCCAGAGUCUCUGUCAGGUUUGUCUGGAAGAAGGAUGGUGUCCCACUCAACAACGACAGGAGUUCUCGGCUCAGCAUCAAGGAUGGCUCUCUUCAGAUCAGCCAGACCUGGUCAGGUGAUAUCGGAGACUACACCUGUGAGGUCCUUUCUCAAGGGGGCAAUGACUCUAAAGGUGCCCGACUAGAAGUUAUUGAACUCCCACACUCCCCUCGGAACCUUCAGGCCAGCUUGAACGUCUCUGACAGUCGCACCGUGGGUCUCUCCUGGGUGCCUCCCUUUGAUGGAAACAGCCCCCUCCUCUACUAUGUGGUUGAGCUGUCUGAAAACAACUCCCCAUGGAAGGUGAAUUUGCCCAAAGUGCAGGCUGAUACCUCAGGGGCAGUUGUGACAGGGUUAACCCCAGCCCGUACCUACCAAUUCCGGGUCUGUGCUGUCAAUCAGGUGGGAAAGGGGCAGUACAGCACAGAGACCAAUAGGUUGAUGCUGCCAGAAGAACCUCCAAGCGCCCCACCAAAGAACAUUGUUGCCAGUGGGCGUACCAACCAAUCCAUAAUGGUCCAGUGGCAGCCGCCUCCAGAACCAGAACUCAAUGGGGUGCUCAGAGGAUACAUGCUUAGGUAUCGGCUUGCUGGCCUUCCCGGCGAGUACCAGCUGAAGAAUAUCACCAGCCCAGAGAUUAACUACUGCCUGGUGAGGGACCUCAUCAUCUGGACGCAGUAUGAAAUCCAGGUGGCUGCUUACACUGGAGCCGGGCUAGGAGUGUUCAGCCAUCCUGUGACAGAAUACACACUUCAGGGAGUGCCAACAGCUCCACCACAAAAUGUUGAGACAAAGGCCCUGACAUCCACCACAGUCGAGUUCUCCUGGAAUCCUCCUCCCCAGCAAUUCAUUAACGGCAUCAAUCAGGGUUACAAACUCCUAGCUUGGCCAGAAGAUUCGCCUGACACUGUUACCAUAGUAACUAUAACCCCAGAUUUCCACGGAACCCGCAUUCUUGGAUACAUCACCGGGCUGAAGAAGUUUACCUGGUAUCUCACUUCUGUACUAUGCUUUACUACCCCAGGAGAUGGGCCACGCAGUUCACAGCAGUUAGUACAGACAUUCGAGGACAAGCCUGGAGCAGUAGGGCACCUGAGCUUCACUGAAAUACUGGACAUGUCUCUGAGAGUCAGCUGGCAGGAGCCACAGGAGAAGAAUGGGAUCAUUACAGGCUAUCAUGUCACGUGGGAGGUGUAUGGUAGGAAUGCCACCCGAGUGACGCGCACUCUGCCCAACAGCACUCUGGAGUACAAGGUCACAGGGCUCACCUCCCUCACCACCUACACCAUCGAGGUGGCGGCGAUGACAGCCGCUGGGAUGGGUGUGGUCACCUCCUCAGCCAUCUCCUCUGGAGUCCCACCAGAACUCCCUGGUGCUCCGUCCAACCUCAUUAUCUCCAACAUCAGCCCUCGCUCUGCCACCUUGAAGUUUCGCGCAGGCGAUGACGGGAAAACCUCCAUCUCAAAAUGGAUUGUUGAGGGGCAGGUUGGGGGGAUCGGCGAUGAUGAAGAGUGGCGCAUUCUGUACGAGAAGGCGAAUGACCCUGACCCCCAGGUGCUGGAGAUACCAGACCUCACCCCCUUCACUCACUACAGGUUCCGGAUGAGGCAGGUGAACAUUGUGGGCUCCAGUCCGGCGAGCCAGCCCUCCCGGGUGAUUCAGACCCUGCAGGCCCCUCCUGAUGUCAGCCCCAGCAGCGUUACAGUCCGCACGGCCAGCGAGACCAGCCUCUGGCUGCGAUGGGUGCCUCUGCCUGAUUCGGAAUACAACGGGAACCCAGAGACGGUGGGCUACAGGAUCAGUGUGUGGCGAGCAGACCUGCAGGGUGAGCCCAGGACCCAGCUGGUGAGCGAGCGCCUGGAGAGGGAGAUCACCCUGGAGGGGCUGAAGGAGUGGACCGAGUACCUGCUGCGCAUCCAGGCCUUCAAUUCCAUCGGGCCCGGGCCCUGGAGCGAGGUGGUGCGGGGCCGCACCAGGGAGUCAGUUCCAUCUGGUGCUCCACAAAAUGUGACGACAGAGGCAGUGAGCUCCACGAGCAUCUUGGUCACUUGGGUUCCUGUUCCUGAGCAUGAGCGAAACGGAUACAUCCUUGGAUUCAAGGUGCUGUACAAAGAGAAGGAUUCGGGCUCAGACCCUCAAAUCCACGUAGUGAAAGGGAACCUCACACAGUCUGUCCUGCUCAGAAACCUGCGCAAAUACGUCCUGUAUGAGAUCCAGGUGCUGGCUUUCACCCGCAUUGGUGACGGCGUUCCCAGCUCCCCACCGGUCCUCGAGAGAUCCAAGGAUGAUGUCCCAGGUCCCCCGGUGCGACUGGUCUUUCCUGAGGUCAGGCUGACUUCAGUGAGAGUGGUGUGGCAGCCCCCAGUGGACCCCAAUGGAAUCAUCAUGGGAUACCAGAUCGCAUACAGGCUGGCUGCCGGCGACCCAAACGAAUUCACCACGGUGGAGGUGGGCUCCAAUGUCAGGCAGCUGACAGUGACCAGCCUCAAAUCAGAGUCUGCCUAUGUGUUCCGGAUCUCUGCCAAAACGCAGCAGGGCUGGGGCGCUCCGGAGCAAGCUGCGGUCAUCACAACAGAAAGAAGAGAUCGGCCAGAGCCCCCGAAGAAUCUGUCCAUCACUCAGUCGGAGGUGUGGUCUCGGGGGCUGCUGUUGCGCUGGGUUCCUGGGGGAGAUGGGUCCUCCCCUGUACGCUACUUUACAGUGCUGACCAAAGAGCUGCCUGAUGGAGAAUGGCAGACUCACUCCUCCGCCAUUAGUCACAACAGCACCUCCUGGCACGUAGACCGACUUAAACCCUUCACUUCAUACAAGCUGAGAAUGAUGGCGACUAAUGAUAUUGGAGACAGUGAAUACAGCGCGGAGACAGACACAAUUACUACUUUACAAGAUGUUCCCGACGAGCCACCUGUUAUAUUGGCUGUGACUCCUCACACCACAUCUUCUGUCCUUGUUCAGUGGCAGCGGCCAAAGGAGGAGAGCUUGAAUGGGGUGCUGGUGGGAUACCGCAUCUACUACAGAGAGCUGCAGUAUGAAAGUGGACAACCCAAGUCCAAGACCACCGCAAACCCUUCAGCACUGCAGGUAGACCGGACUGCCAAAAGCACCUUCAAGACAGUGAACAGUGCUUUGUUAACAGCAUUCGAACUAACACAGCUCAACAAGUACAAGCGUUACGAGAUCGUGAUGACGGCCUACAACAUUAUCGGGGAGAGCCCAACCAGUGCUCCGGUGGAGGUUUUUGUUGGAGAAGCAGCUCCAUCGAUGGCCCCCCAGAAUAUUCAGGUGAACCCCCUAACUGCAAGUCAGCUGGAAAUCCAGUGGGACCCCCCACCAGUGGAGACUCAGAAUGGAAACAUCCAGGGGUACAAGAUUUAUUACUGGGAGACGGGCAAUUACAAUGAGACGGAGAAACUGAAGAUUUUGUUCCUCCCUGAAGCCACAAUGAGGCUCAAAAACCUGACCAGCUACACCUCGUACUCCGUGAAGAUUUCUGCAUUCAACGCAGCGGGGGACGGGCCGCAGAGCGAGCCCAGAUGGGGCAGGACUCACCAGGCUGCUCCAAGUGCCCCCAGUUAUAUGACAUUCUCUGAGGUCACCACCACUACUCUGAACGUGUCCUGGGGGUUUCCUGUCUGGCCCAAUGGGGUCCUGGAAGGAUACCGCGUUGUCUAUGAGCCCUUGGCACCAAUACAUGGAGUGAGUAAGGUGGUGACAGUGGAGAUCAAAGGAAACUGGCAGCGCUGGCUGAAGGUCCGUGACCUCACAAAGAGGGUGACCUACUCCUUCAGAGUGCAGGCCAAGACUAUCGCCUAUGGACCAGAACUGGAAGCUAACAUCACAGCCGGACCUUCUGUUGGAUCUCCUGGGUCCCCCCUGGAACCCUCAGUCACCAAGUCUGCCUCUACACUCACACUCCACUGGUCUGCAGGAGACCCAGGCACAGAGCCAGUCACAGGAUACGCCAUUGAGGCCCGGCCCUCCGAUGAAGGCUUAUGGGACACAUUUGUGAAGCACUUGCCUCCCAGCACUAGAUCUCACACAGUCAGCCUGGAUCGUCUCAGGCAGGGCGUGAGCUAUGAGUUCAGGGUGAUUGCAAUCAAUAAGUUUGGCUACGGUGAGCCUAGUGUGCCCUCUGCUGUCUUGUCAGCCCAGUCUGAAAAUCCCUUCUAUGAAGAAUGGUGGUUCCUGAUAGUGAUGGCACUUUGUGGUCUCAUCCUCAUACUGUUUAUAGUGUUCGGUUUAGUACUGCACGGGCAGAGCAAGAAGUACAAGAGCUGUAACCUGGGCAAGAAUAUUUCCACAGUGGAGGAGUCAGUCACACUGGAUAACGGUGGCUUCACUUCGCUGGAGCUCAACAGCAGGCACCUGAAUGUCAAGAGCUCCUUCCUAAAGAAGAACGGGACAAGGUCCCCCCCUAGACCAAGCCCUGGUGGACUGCACUACUCUGACGAGGAUAUCUGUAACAAUUACAAUGGAGCAGUGCUGACAGAGAGCACCACUCUCACUGAGAAGCCUACUGAGAUGUCCGAAUCAGAGACCACAGACAGCGAUUAUGAGGACGAGCAGCCCAAGCACUCCUUUGUGAACCACUACAUGAGCGACCCCACUUACUACAACUCCUGGAAACGGCAGCAAAAGGGAAUGAAGCAGUCUUCAACGUACGCGUACGAGGAGUGUGCGAGCGGAGAUGCUGAGUCCUACUUCCAGAGCGUGGUCACCACUCACAGCUCGGGGGGAGUUUACACCCCAGCUGGGCAGCCUGCUCCAGGGUCUCGGACUCCCAUCACCGGCUUCUCCUCCUUUGUUUGAUGUGUGGGAGCACAGGGACUUAGGAAAGGACCUGAUUGAAAACCACCAACACAUUUCAACAGACUACGUUUGACAGUCAACU